AUGCGGAUUUGUCCGGCCACAGUUUGUUCAAGCAAUGACUCAGGCUCUGAUGUCACCAAGCAACGCGCUGUCAACUGGCUCAAAGGAUCUGUGAAUUUAUUGCAACACGUGUACGGCAACAUCUAUAAAAAUCUGACAGCCUCAUAUGUGAAACAGGAAAUAACAGGUGGCGAUGCCCUCUCUGUCUACCUGAUUAAUCUGAUGAAUAACCUGAAUGACUUCCUCAGUAUGAUCUCCAAGAGUCCUGUGGGUUGUCCCCCACUUGUGCCUUUGCUCAGCAACAAGCAUCCACUUAAUGCCUCUGCAAUCCUCGGUAUAGCCUCAAAGCUUGGAAGACUUAACCAGGAUGUGUUUACCUUCAAUGUGACAGACCCAGCAAUACCUCACCUGGAAGAGCUGAUAAUGCAGUUCCUCUCUUUGGAGGUUAAUCUCACAUUGUCUCUCCCCCAAAUCAUGGGACACUCUCUGCUUACCUAUUCUCAAUACCUCCAUCCUGAUGAAAUGAACCAUCUUAUAAAAUCAAUUCAGCCUUUCAGCAACCAGACCUCAGCAGGUUUUGUAGAAGCCAUUAUCAGUGCUGUGGAGCUGCUGAAGACACUGAUGGAUGCGCCAAAUGGUGACCCAACUAACGUCCUCCUUGGGUACAUACGCCAGAUUCAAGAAUUUGUGGUUUCUCUCUGUAGACUGCAAAAAAUUGAACAAGUCAUGUUACCAAAUGGUUCUUACAGCAUAGCUCAAGUCACUGAUCUCAGCUUGCUUUCCAUGGACUUUCUCAACCUCCUCACACCUGAGGCCCUUCAAAACCUUACACAGGUUGGACCAGAUGCUGCCCAGGACAUUGUUAUCCAGAAGUUGUAGCAUUCCUACCAAAGGAGGUCCAAAGUGAUGCUGUUCACUUUCUUCAGGGUUUCAAGGCUCUGCAGAGUCACAUCAACCAACUGCACAGCAUGCAAGGACUGUUUGGCUGGGAUUUCAGGCAUCUUUACAUUCUGGAUCAGAUAUUAGACGUGACCCUC